AUGGCUUCAUUCAAAUUCCCAUUGGUUCUCCUCCUAUCUUCCCUCUUCCUCAAUGCAGCUUUAGCUGAAAUUGUAUGUGAGGAAUUGCCAAAUGACAUUUGUGCCUUUAGCAUCUCAUCAUCUAGCAAGAGGUGCUUGUUGGAGACAAUUUCAACAAAAAAUGGCGGUGUUGAGUACCAGUGCAGGACAUCCGAGGUGGUGGUUGAGAAAAUGGCAGAUUAUAUUGAGACCAAUGCUUGUGUGAAGGCUUGUGGGGUUGAUAGGAACUCGGUUGGAAUUUCUUCUGAUGCUCUCCUUGAGCCUCAAUUCACAGCCAAGCUUUGCUCUCCUGCUUGUUACCAGAAUUGCCCCAACAUUGUUGACCUUUACUUCAAUUUGGCUGCUGGAGAAGGUGCAUUUUUGCCUGACCUCUGUGAUGCUGCACGCUACAACCCUCACCGGUCCAUGAUUCAGCUUAUGAGCUCUGGUGCAGCCCCUGGACCUGUUGGCUCAGAAUCAGCACCUUUAAUCGCUGGCCCUGCCCCUGCUCCAAUGUAA